CUUCCUCUGUCUGAUGGACAUCAUGUUCAGCCUGAACCAAGUAGCGCUGCUCUUUAUUCAGCUCUCUGGGAUGUGGCAUGUCUUUGCAGGUACAGAGCUGAUUUCUCUUUGUGAUGCAUGCUUUCCAUUCAGAUGUAAGUACAGAGUUCCUUUUAUGUUUAUUGGUUGUUUCCUUCAAGCUUCUCCUCCUGCAGAUGACUGCAGGGACAUGCUGGUGUCCAGAGGAGGAUCAGUCGAGUUCAUUUGCAACAUAUCCGACAGAAACACAACACAAAUCAACUGGAUAUAUGGCAGUUCUUUUUAUACACAUGGCAUCUCUCUCAAUAAGACACAAUCAAAUUUCUCCUCUAACAGAGUGACAAUAGACUGUAACUUACCUACAAAGCUGAGUAUUAUUGAUGCUCAACCUGAGGAUGAAGGACUAUAUGAAUGUACCGUAACUGGCAGGCAUGGCGUAAACAGUAUUAAGUGGAAUUUAACUGUGUCUGAGAACAAAGAAAUCGAUCGACCGUAUUUGGUAUACAUCCUCGCUCCUUCUAUUUCAUUGCUUCUGUGUGGCAUCAUGUUGUCAGCGCUGUGUCUUUGCAGAAGGUUUAGGACCAGGACACCGAAUCAGGAUCUAGACCAAGACCAGUCUGGAGGAGAGGGUGGCGGCAGGACAAAUAAGAGGAGUCAGUACAAAGAGAGGCUGAAUUCAAUCUAUGGUCACUUCUGAGCUGGAGAGCCGUUCAAACGACAGCUUCAAAGAUACACGGACAAGAAGGAGAAGAAAUUUUAUGGACGUCUUGUUUUAUUUUGUCAGUUUCAAAGCAGGUGUUUAAAAGGAAGGUCAAUAGAGGGAGGACAAGCGUCUUCAUUUUAAGACAUAUGGUUACCUUUACUUAUCUUUUAUAUUUAUGGUUUUAAUAUGUUCUUAUGCAUGAAUGUUUUAAUAAUAGCAUUGCACAGUGAAUGUUGUCCUGUUUUUCAAAGUCAUUUCCUAACAAUGUUUGUCAGAAUGACAGUAAAGUUACCUCAAAUCAACCCAAAAGUGGGGCCUGGCCAUCAUAAAGCUUCAUAACAUGAAAGUCUCUUAUGUUUUAAACUAUUUACUUUUAAUGUACAGUUUCAUUUUCAAUUAGUCCAGUGGAGGAGACAAGUGUGAACUGCUCUGCUGCUUUACACAAGGAGUGAACGAGAUUUGUGCUGUAAUUAUGCAAGCGCACAAAAUGGCAUAAACCUCGACGGUUAACAUUGGUAGGAAGUCAGAUCUGGUUCGUGUAACAGUGUCUUGUGAUCCAUACAAGCUGUUGACUCCUGCAGGCAUAUACAGCUCACUGAGACCUGAUUGUGUUAAAUAUUUGACAUGCACUGUGAACAUGCUCAGCAGCAGGUUCACUCUACGCGGUUAAAGUGUCUUCACCACUAGAAAUGCUUUUCCUGUUGUGUCACCUCAUGUACACUUUAUAAUUGAGUUCAUCAAAUGAUUAGGAUCAAUGAAAUCAUUUGCAGUGUAUUUUCAAUUAAGAAAUAAUAAAUCACACUGCUGAUUUGAUUUUGACUUCAAUUUUAUGCUCCAUUAAAUGCAUUUUCUUUUAAACUUCGA